CGAGACCAAGCGAAUUGGGGGCGGCGCGGCAGCCAGAGUCAUCUGGAAGGUUCGAUCGCCUGUCGCCUCGCCGCCAUCCAUUCCUUCCCUUGCGCCCGAAGAAAGACACGGAAAUUCCCCCCAACUGAUAAAAGGACCAUGGUACUCGCAAAGCGAUAGGAAGCCACCGAAGGAGAGAAUUGGAUAGCAGAGAGUUUGCGUGUGACUGUGGAAGCAGAGAUGGGGUCCGGCAUGAGCCGCGGCCGGCGGCGCGGUUUCGGCGCAGGGGCGUCGGGAGGGAUGCUCCCACUGCUGGCGCUUCAGGUUCUGAUCGAGUACGGCCGCGCGGGCGCCUCUCGGCCGCCCGUGACGGCGGCGUUGCUCGCCGGCAACGCGCUCAUCUAUCUCCGUCCCGGGGCGCUCGACGGGAUCCUGCCCUCUGUCACACGCGUCUCCUUCAAUCCGCGGCUCAUCGUCGAGAAUGGCGACUUGGUGCGCUUCUUCUUGUCACCAUUCUACCACUUGAGCGAAAGCCACCUGUUCUACAAUAUGACAUCGCUCCUAUGGAAGGGUAUUCAGCUUGAAACAUCCAUGGGUAGUGUCGAGUUCGCUUCCAUGGUUGCUGCAUUGCUUGGGCUGUCACAGGGCAUCGCGCUGCUCUUGUCCAAAGGCCUACUCUUGCUUGGUGAUUAUACUGCGUACUACGACCAAUACGCGGUUGGGUUCUCUGGUGUUCUGUUUGCCAUGAAGGUUGUGCUGAACGCCUGGUCAGAAGAUUUUGUCUAUCUGCAUGGGAUGGUCAUUCCGGCGAAAUACGCUGCCUGGGCUGAGUUGAUCCUCAUCCAGGUCUUCAUUCCUGGCACAUCUUUUCUUGGCCAUCUCAGUGGAAUACUUGCUGGAUUGGUUUACCUUUGGCUGAAGCGGGCGUUGAAUGGGCCAGAUCCCCUCACUCUUCUGGUGUCAAGCAUUACCAAAGUCGUGACCUGGCCAGUAAGAUUUGCGCAGAAUCUUCUAUGGUCUGCCCAUCCACAGGGACGCUUUAGAGGCCGGGGCAGGGUUGGGCGCCGGCAAUCAGCAAGAGAUACUCCUCGAGGUCUAUGGAGAUGCCCAGCCUGCACCUAUGACAACUCAGUUUCCACAGAUAUCUGUGAGAUGUGCAGCACUGCACGAGAGGACCAUGAUUUUUCGCUGAGGCAGUAUCAUCAGGCUGGAGGUACUGGAGAACUCACAGUUGAUGAGAUACGCCGAAGGAGGCUGCAAAGAUUCGGUAGAUGAUGUAAAUCCAUUGUUAUCAGCACACUUUGUGCGGCGCUGAACGAAGCUCUAUAUGAGUAUGUAUGAUAGCUCCAUUCCUCUGCUACAUAGCGUAGGCAUAUUUGGUUCUUCUCGUGAUGGAGAAUGCUUUACAUUAUUGAAUUGUUUCUCAUUUUUGAAGGAGACAGUUACUGAUGUAAUUUUAGGUACUUCAAAGCCAUAGAAGUAUAGUAAUACAAAUUAUCAAGGGCAU